UGCAUGACUGAAGAAAGCCAGAAAAUGUCCUACCAGAUAGCUUGGGUGAUUCUACUCUGUCUGCGGAUGACUACUUCACGGGAAGGGAUAUUGAUCCAGCAGAGCCCAGCACAGAUCUUUCUGGCCUCUGGAGAAACUGCACGGAUAGACUGUAAGCUUUCAACAAGAAGUCAGUAUAUAUACUGGUACAAAGAGCUUCAGAAUGGAAGUUUGCACAGGAUUUACCACAGUUAUGAGUUUGCUGCAGCUCCACAUGAAAAAUACUCGAGUACAGUGAACAUUACGGCAAAAACGUUUACUCUGAUUAUAAGUAACGUACAAAAAAAUGACUCUGGGGUGUAUUACUGUGGCCUUGCUGUAUACAUACAUCUAAACUUUGGGAAUGGGACCAGGCUAAUUGUCACAGAUGCCUCUGAGCCGAGCCUUUCCAUCCUGGUUCCCUCCAACCCAGAUGAUGCUGAGCUUCCCCCCGUCAUUCCUCUGCUCUGCCUGCUCUCUGAUUUCACUCCUCCCUGGAGUGCUGUUCUUUGGGACACUGGUGAGCAAGUGUCUGAAGGUCAGAUGGAUACUGGAGCCAUAGACGGGAACGGGGUCUUUAGUGUUUGGAGCCUAAUGACAAUCCCUCCUGCGACGUGGAACCAGAAGACAAACUGCAUUUGUACAGCCAAGGAGAACAGCACAGGGAGAAGCAUCAAUGCUACAGUCUCCAAGGAAACAGAUGAGGCCUGGAAAGAAAACUGCAAUGAUGUGUUAUAUGUUGGGCUGUCUUGUAUUUUCAUCCUUGUCGUCAUCCAGCUGCUGAUCCUGCUCUUCAGAAAGUGUCCAACCAGAGCAGGGAGAGCUGUGCAAACAGGGAAUCAAAUACCUAUGAGGCACAUUCCACAGACCGAGUAUGCAGCUGUGAGGUACAAGAAAUGAAAAGUCCCUUUUUAACUGACAUGGUCUGACAAAAUUAUUUAUGGGGUUUAAAGAAGCUAUGCAUGAGGGGAAAAUUAAAGUGAAAGAGAAUUUCUGAGUCUAAUGUCUGCACUUUACUAAUUACUAAAAUGUGAGGUGGCUGGGCUUAAAUUACAACUUGUUAUAAAUGUACCAAUCUCCAAACCCUU